AUGUCAUUCUUCGGCUUUGACACCGGGCCCCGUGGCCAUAACAAGGCUGCCCCGGGCUUCUCACAAGCCCACGACCCGUUUGCCGGCCUUUCUGGACGAGGCAAUGAGGACGACGCUCUUGACUUCGAAGAUACUUACGAUGGGCUUGGCGAUCAACUGGAUGAGACCGACGAUGCCUUCAACGAUGAUACUUUUGGAGGUGAUACUGCUGUUGCUGGGAACGUUGGUAAAGAUUUUGACUUUUUCGGACAAACCGCCAAGGUGGCUGAUGCCAUUGAGGAGGAACAUCUUCGAUUCAACCGUCAACAGCCUGCUCCAAGGGCAGCAGCAACGGCCGCUCAUCAACAGCAACAGGGCAUGCCUUCGCAGACAGCUUCGUACUACUCGACCCAACCGCAGAGACCUGCUCGAACUGGAUACGAGAAAUAUAGGGACCCUGAACCCCUUCCAGAUCUGCAUGUUGACCAAAGCAUUUGGGGCAUUGGGCCAGUCAAGACUACCGCCCAUGGUUUGCAACCUGCCACCCAGCCAACCUCUUCGUCUGCCAGCCGGAAAAUUAUGAGCCUCGAAGAAGUUGAGGCUUCUAUGAGAGCUCAGGCUCCAAAGCCCCCCAAGGCUCAGGCUCCUCUCUCCGAUCCCGCCAUCUAUCAACAAGGGCCACCCGCAGAGCACGUUGGGGGUCAACAUGCCAUACAACAACAGCAGCAGCAGCAGGGCCCUCCUAGCCAUGGACACCCAGUCACAAUAUUGCAGCGUCCUCAGAGCAUGCAGACCCGGCCACCAGACCUGAUACCAACACCACCACAACAGCAACCCCGUCAGCAGGCACCUCCUGUGCAGCCCACUCAGAUCUUACAGAACCCGAACCGCCUUUCCGGAGAGCCUGCGCCUGUAGCUGCGUCGGGUCCUCAAACCCAUCGCUCGCAAGGCUCCAUCACUGGUUUGGCACAGCUACACGCUCAUCCUCAAAUCAUGCAAAUGUCAGAGGAUGAGAAGGCAGCAUUUUUGGACCAGGAAACGAAACGUGCUAAAAGAAAUCACAAAAUCUGGCUCUUGUCCAAAGACAAUGGACUCAUGACACCACAGGAUAAGAACUUCAUCACUCGAAUACAGCUGCAGCAGCUUGUCUCUGCCACUGGGAACCCUGUUGAAGGUUCCGACUCUUCCAUCUCUGAGGACUUCUACUACCAAGUUUACAGCCACAUUCGCGCGGGUCAACGACAGAACCCAAGCCAACCCCUUAGCAACUUUGCACAGACUUACCUCUUCCAGACUGGAAGUCGACAUGGUGGUAUGCGGCGCCACGGUAGACCCGCGGAGAAUCACAUUCAACGAAUGGAACAACAGGUUCAGAGGGCCGUUGAGGCUGCAAAGAAUAAACCCAAGAACCCGCAGCUCGUCAUUGCUGGCAGUCUUGGCAAAAUCUCAUUCAGCAAUGCAAAGACACCAAAGCCGUUGCUAAACAUCAAGCGUGCGGAGAGCGAGACCCCCCGUCCAAGCAACGGUAAGAAGUCUCCUCAUACAGAAACUGUACUAGAUCGCAAGCGAAUUCUGCGCAACGUUGAGAAGGUUUACGACACGUUGAUGAGGAUUGAAGACCACAUUCGCCUGAUUCCACCACCAAUGAGCAACCAGCCUGAUCCAGAACUGGAACAGCAGCACCGGGAAUGGGCUGCUACACUGGACGCUUACAACGCGAAGCUUUGGACUGAGUUGAAGGUGCACGAGCCGAUUGGCGCAACUGUUCCUCAUCCCUUCAUCGCUUUCCUGUCGUGUGCCAAGGGCAAGAAGGCUAUUCCUCGCAUCUUUCCUCACCUCACCUUUGAGCAGCGAACGACGAUUUUGACCAUGAUUAUUUACCACCUGGAUCAGCUGGACGUCGUGCAAGGUGCCGCAGUUACUAGUGGUGAAACGGGUCUCAACUCCCGCAUGCGCGAAAAUAUCGAGCUGUUCAUUUCAACUGUUAUGCCUUCUUUGAUGCAAUACUUUAAUGAAACGGGGUUGGAUAUUGUUGACGGAGUCUUGAACCUCAUUGCCACGAAACUGAACGUCGAUCUCAUUGCCAGAACGAGAAUUGGUGUCUCUAUGCUGACUUUAAUUCUGAGCCGUGCCGUGCUUUUGAAGCAGACUGGUGCCGGCAGCCCUGAGCAGUGGGAGAAAUGGGAUCAAACCUUUGAAAUUUUGUUUACCAAACUAGAACCCUCGCUGCCAUACAUUUUCCCUGGGAGCGUUAAUGCUGGAAUCGACGUGUAUGUGUGGCAGCUGCUUGCGGCCAUGGGUGUUAGUGCCUCCCACGACCAGCAGACACGGCUUGUCCUGGCCGUCAAGGAUCGUGUUUUGGAUACUGUUUCCACAUCUAAGACUCUACCACCCGCUAUGGCUGCCGAGCGACUUGGCAGUGUCAACCUCUUCAUGCGAUCCAUCGGGUUGGAUGUUGAGCUACUGCAAUAG